AAUCCGGAGAGUCAAACGUUCGAGACUCCCUGAGGUCACAGCAUUGAUAAGGCAGUACUAAUACACCGGACUAUAGAGAAACUUUUGACGCCAUUGCUCUUCCACCACCUUCAUGGCCAAUUACCGGGUAGUCCUUGUUGCAGUGUUGGGUGUCACCAUUGUGGCUGUUGGAGAAGGUUUGCAAUGCAUGCAGUGUACAGGUGUAUCAGAACCUCAAGAUUGCAUAACCUCCGUUAACUGUUCAGAUAAGUAUCAAUGUUUUACGGAUUUCUACGUAACUGAGCAAGGAUUUGUGUACUAUGACUUGGGAUGCCGAAUAGAAGAUACCUGCACGGUAUUGAACGGCCGGAAACGAGCCAUUCCAAAGCCCGCAAAGAGACAGUUUGAAAAUCUGCACCUUUGUGAAGAAUGUUGUUCCACGGACUUUUGUAACAGACAAGGCUGUCCCGACAACACUGUCAACUUAGUGAACAACACCGUCUGCUUUAAUUGCCCGGAUGCAGCAAACCCAGGGACUUGUGUCAAGGCGGAUGUUUGUAACUAUGAUGAGACCUGUCUAGCUACGUUGGUCCUUACCGAAAUGUUCCAAGAACGGUAUCAUCUUCGAUGUGAGAAAAAACAGGUAUGUGAUAGUUCUGUUGGAGGCCAGUUCCACGGGCAUCCUAAAUCUGCCUCCAUGGUAUUUGGCAAAAGACAGUUCCAUUUCCCUAUAACAGAGUGUCAGUACUGCUGUGAUACCAGUUUCUGCAACAACAAAGAAUGCGUCAAAGGAAUGCCUUCAACGACUGCUGCUACAACAACAACAACGAAACCUCCCACCACCACAACACAUAAAACAACGACGACAAAACCCACGACAACAACUCACAAGACUACAACAACCCAUCCUACAACAAAACCAACAACAACCACAAGAAAACCCACAACAACCACAACAAAACCCACAACAACCACAAGAAAACACACAACAAAACCCACAACAACCACAAGAAAACACACAACAAAACCUACUACAACCACAACAACUACUCACAGGACACCACCACCAACCACGACAACUCAUAAGACGACAACAACACGAUUAACAACAACCACUACAAUUCCAGUAUGUGGUCCAAAAGCAGCGGACAUAAUUUUCGUCUUGGAUGCAUCGGAAAGCUUGAGCAGUGACGACUUUGAGAUUGAAAAGCAGUUUGUUUACAAUUUCACUAAAAGAUUUAAGAUAGGCAGUGACAAUGUUCAAUUUGGAUCCGUAACCAUUGGGGAUACAGUUCGCAAUGAUUUUUAUCUGAACACAUACAGAGAUAGGGAGCAACUUCUGCGAAAAAUUAAAAGUCUCACAUUCUUGAUGUCAGGCACAAACACAGCAGGAGCUUUAAAAUUUGUUAACGAUAACGCAUUUUCUCACUCACACGGGGGGCGUCAUUCUGCCUCCCGUAUCGUAGUUGUUCUUACCGAUGGUAAAUCAAAAGAGACCAAUAAAACGAUAGCUGAGGCCCACAAAUUGCAACACCAUGCCACUGUUCAUGCCAUCGGGAUCGGUGAUCUUGUAAAUACUGAAGAACUGGCGGCAAUAGACUCUAAUGGUAAGCCGGGGACAGUCAGUGGAUUUGACGUCUUACACACCAUGGGAGACUACUUGAUGGAGAUUGCGUGUCCUGGAAGUACCCAUGGUAAACAUAUUAAUGAGUGCAUUAUGAAUAAAUGUUUAUAUAAUGAGUGUAUUAUGAAUAAAUACUUAUAUAAUGAGUUUAUCAUGAAUAAAUGUUUAGAUAAUGAGUUUAUUAUGAAUAAAUGUUUAUAUAAUGAGUGUAUUGUGAAGAGAUGUCUAUAUUUUCAAUAUAAGAUCAGAUUCGAUGGUCUAUUACAUGUAUUUUAAACUUUUAACUGUACA